UUCAACCUGUCAAGUGUCAAUUUUUUAGAAACAUAGUGCCGAAUAGGACUGAUACCGAAUGAUUGAAUUUGAUUACACUGUUGAUAAUGAAAAUCUUUCCUUAAACUCUAUUCGUGGCUUACAAUGGAGACCCUUCGUAAAUUAGUAUAUUACAGUGUAUUCCUUACUUAUUUUUUAUUUGUCCGUGGUGAUGACUUUAAAGAGGAAUUAUAUAUAAAACCUUUGCCGCCGACUCAUCUGUAUAGCUACUUUCAAUUCGUCACAUUGGUAGAUGGGGAGACUUCUUCAUUUCAUUCCCACUUGGCACCUCGAUCAUUGGCUGAAGUUAUAUCUCGCUUUCAAGUGGAGGAGUUACACUUAACUCUUACUGAAGGACAAUGGAGACAUAACCAAUGGGGAUAUCCAGUACUGGAUGCGGCACCUGGGGCCGAGUUGUAUGCUUGGUUCUCACCUGAUGUUACAGAUGUUGAUACACAUUGGAAAAAAUUAAGUGCUACUCUUUCAGGACUCUUUUGUGCUUCGCUUAAUUUCAUUGACAACUUUAAUACUGUCACACCUCAAAUGGCCCUUUGGCCCAUGGGAGCAGUCAAAUCUAGUCAAAAUGUUACUUCACAGCUUCGAUAUGCUUCACUACCUAGGGAGAUUGUGUGCACAGAGAACUUAACACCAUGGAAGAAACUUUUACCAUGUGAAUCAAGUCGUGGCUUUUCUGCAUUGCUCAACUCCCGGAUGAUCCAUAACACAAACUACCAUUCAAUUGGAGUUCAUGUAAGAAAAAUCUGUAAAUUAAGUGACUGCUUGGAGACUCAAAUGGAAUUUAAACAGACGGUGGCUCUUGUUUAUGAUUAUGAUAUAAUAAACAGCAAUGACUGGUCAUUCAGAAAAUUAUUUGGCCAAGGAUUGCCUGGAGCUUGCCCGCUUUCUUCAGACAGCAAGAUAUAUGUUGAUAUUACUUUAAAUGAUACACAGACAUUCACAUUAACACCAGCGCCAGAAAAUGUUAUAAUGUCUCAAAGAGGUGGUAGCGAAACUAAAUUAGCAGUCUACAAUGUAAAGCCUGAUGGCCAAAUGAUAAAUAUUGGAGCUAAAUAUAAAUCUAAGUUACAUUUACCCCUUUCUGUACCCCCACCUUUACACUUUACUCGCUACAUUCUUGGUUAUGGUAAAGAGUAUGGAGGUAUAGUGACAGAGAUUACAAACAACUGUUGGACUUCUAUAAAUGUUGUUGUUUUGGAAAAUGCUCCCUGGUGGUUGCCAAUACAACUUAGUUCCCUAAGAAUUAAUGGUGAAGCUGAGAGUAAUUUGGUUAUGUCUCAAUUCUAUUCACCUGGUAGGAGCAGGCAAAAACCAUACCAUUUGGAGCUACUCAUCAAACUUCCGCCUAAAUCAACAACAACCAUUACAAUUGACUUUGAGUUUGUCUUUCUGAAAUGGCAAGAAUAUCCUCCUGAUGCUAACCAUGGGUUCUAUGUUGGUUCAGCACUCAUUUCGGCAAACCUGCCUACAGCCAGAAACUAUACAAGUCUGCCUAUUACUGGCUCCACAUUUGAUUCAUUUGUUAAUGCAUCAAAGAUAUGGUACCCUAUCGUGUUCAGAACAAAUGGUGCUAUGGUAUCAUUGCCUACUCCAGACUUCAGUAUGCCUUAUAAUGUUAUCUGCCUAGCCUGCACUGUGGUAGCACUGGCAUUUGGCCCACUCCACAACAUCUGCACAAAAGAGUUAGUUCUCAAGCCCUUGGGAACUCCUGUGUCACUAACGCAAAAACUGUUAAAUUUAUUUAAAAAGAAGAAGGAUUAAGAAGAAGGAAGUAUUAAUUUUGGACUGAAUAAAAUAAUACAGAAUAA